AUUUGGUGGAGUGAAGUUGUUAAAUAAAUAACGAGAGAAUGCGGUUCCUUCAUUUGCUGUUAAUUUUAAUAAUCGGUUAUGUUAGUGCAGGUCAAAAUGAUCGUUACUUAGUAUCGCCAAAUCCAGAAAAAUGCAAGACGCGCACUAAGGAAUUUCAAUAUGAUGGACGUAAUUAUUUUUAUAGUGGUCAUGAUAAGGAAUUAAAGGACCAAAAAACUGAUUGGCUUGACUCUAGAAAUACUUGUCGAGAACGUUGCAUGGAAACUGUUUCGUUUGAGACUCAAGCUGAAUUUGAUUUUGUCAAGAAGUUUAUCGAAGAAAAGAACAUUAAAUUUAUUUGGACAUCAGGAAGAUUAUGCGACUUUGCCGGCUGUGAAGGUCGUUGGGAUUUAUUGCCAAAAAUUGUUAAGGGAUGGCUAUGGUCUGCGAAUCAAAAACAACUUGAUGACACCAAUAAAAUUCCAAAUGGAUGGGAUUACACUCCUUGGUCUCGAAAUGGAACAUUAAAAAGAAAGCAACCAGACAAUGCUGAGUUUUUCAUCAAUCAAGCUACCGAGAGUUGUCUAGGAGUUUUAAAUAACCAAUAUAAUGAUUCAGUCACGUGGCAUGACAUUGCUUGCUAUCAUAGAACCGGAUUUAUUUGUGAAGAUUCCCUUGAAUUAUUGAGCGAAGCUCAAGAAAUUAAAUCACAGAGUGAAAAUCGUGAGGAAAUUGUUGAAAUAGCUCCACAAAAGAUUAUCACAGAACCUAAACCGACUACAACUUCUGCACCAAGAAGUUCAAGAGUAACAACCAGUGCUGCUAAAAUUACAACUGAAAGAAGAACAUCCCCUGUACCUACAACUGUAAAAUCAACGACAGAAAAGAAGAUCCCAAUAAUUUCGCAAACAACAGCAAAUGAAGAAAAGACAACCGAGACACCAACGAACAUAAUUGAGACUUCAAAAGGUCCAAAAUUCGGAGGAAGACGAACAAGGACUAGAACCACACCAAGCUCUACUACAACUCUAGAAGAGACAACCUCACAAUCUACAACAACAACAAAGGAAGCAAAAAUAGUCGAGGAUAUUGUACAAAAACCAAGAAAAUUGAUCUUAGAUACAGAAGAACAAAUUUUGGACAAAGUUCAGGAAGAAUUACCAGACAUUGUGGCAAAAUUACAAGACCAACCUGAAAUAAUCGUUAAAGUUGAAGAUGAACCAGUUAUUAUUGUUAAAAUAGAAGAAGAGAUAAAAUUGACUGAAGCACCAAUUAUUGAGGAGCUCACAACAGUUGAAGCAAUCACAACAGAAGAACCAAAAGUCUCAACAAAGAAAACCUUUAUAAAGCGCAAGAAGAUUUUUGGUAAACUCAAGCCUCGACCAGUUGCUGUUACUGAAGAACCUGAUUCUUUCUCUCCAGUACCAGAACAAUUACCUCCAGUGUCAGAAGUAAAAAAGAAUUUCAGAAAAAUCAAACCAAGACCAACAACUACGUCUACAGAACAACCUGAUGUAAUUGUAUCCACAACCGAACAGUUAACUUCAGCACCAAUCGCAAGAAAGAGCUUCAGAAAACUAGUCACUCGAUCCACAACUUCAGUGCCUGAGACUAUUCGUACAUCAGAAAGUUUGGAAGAUUCAUCAAGACCCAAGAAAAUAUUUGGAAAAUUAAAAUUCCGUACAACCACAACAAAGGAAGUAGAGUCAACAUCGACUACCGUUGAACCAGAAUCAAUUUCGACUUCCGUUGAACCAGAAGAAAUUACCAAAACAGAACAAUUGGCACAGGAGAUAUCAGAAAUUUCCACGGAAUCGAGUCUGUCAAAAAGUAGCGAUGAUUUGGUAGAACUUCAAAAAAUUGAUGAACCUAUACUUACAACGACAGAAGAGCCUGAACCAGAAGAACGACGUGCAAUUCCAAUUAAACGAAAACAAGUCAAAUUGUAUCGAAAAGUUUAUAAGACUACAACGGAAGCAUCAUUUGAUGGACCAUCACAAAGCAUUGAUAUUAACGACGAAACAACAAAAUCAUCACCAAUUCCCAUUCGAAGGAAGGUUUUCAAGCAACGAUUUAGAGAGAGAUCUUUAUCUACAAAUAAAUAAGUCAGGACCAAUCAAGGACCAGGAACA